AUGUGGGGUCGCUUUCUCGAGUCCGGAGAAUACUCCGACUUUGUGAUCGUCUGCGGUGGCCGCGAGUUCAAUGUCCACCGCAUCAUCAUCUGUCCGCGGUCCAGCUAUUUCCGGACCAUGUGCAAGGAGAACUUUAAGGAGGGGAUCUCGAAGCGGCUGGAAUUGGUGGAUGAGGAUCCGGAUGUGUUCCAUGCCGUCCUGACGUUUCUCUACACGGGGAUCUACGAGACGGACAAGAUUGCGGGGUCGGAGGAAGUUGAAAGCCCACCAGCAGAGGGCAGCUGUGGUUCCUCCGUGGACUCGGAGAAUGACGACGAAGGACGACGCAAGGGCCGACCUGCCACGACGGCGGACAUCCUGGCCCACGUGCACAUGUACGCGAGCGGAGACAAGUUCGACAUUCGCGACUUGAAGGAGGUUGCGUCGAAGAUGUUCCGCAACCAGCUGACUCGCACGCCCGUGGAAAAUCUGGAUAUCCCCGAGAUCAUCCGGACGGUGUACCAGUCCACGCCGUCGAAAGAUCCCGGCCUGCGACCGAUCCUGAUCGACUACUGCGUGCAGAAUUUGGACCAUCUGCUUGGCCAGAGCGAGAUGGCGAACGUGCUGUGUGAAUUCGGCGAGUGCACCUGGGAGCUGCUGCGGGCGUACAAGGACGAGGCGGAUCUGCGGUCGCGCAAAGCGGUCGAAGACCAGCGCACGGCGGUGCUGGAGAUCAAGCGGGCCGAGAGCCAGCAGCUGAAGGAGUCGCUGACCAAGCUGCAGAAGCGUGACACGCACCUGAUGGAGAUGCUGGUGUCGCACCACAACUGCCGGAACUGCGGCAAGGUGUUUGGCGCGUCGCCGCAGGUGUACGGGCCGAUUAGCGAUAAGGUGAUGCUGCGGUGUAAGGGAUGCUACACGAAGCACAGUUAG